CCAAACAACAAAUAUGCUUAUGUUAUUUCAACUAUCGAUGUUAUCGUUGUCGUUCAUCGAUUAAUGUCAGGCGUUGAUACCUCACCAACACCUAACCAAUCCUAUCCGUUGUCCGCAAAGAACUCAUCUCGACCGUUAGCUGACGCAACUCUCGGAGAAGAUUCUCAGGUGCAUGAUGCUUUCAUCCAACAUCUCGUUGUUAAACAACCUCAUCAACAACGUGGCUCGAGACGAUCGAACACAAACUAUACGCCUUCCGUUGGUUCUGUUAUCGAUCGGACGCCGUCUAGUUUGCUUGAACUGAAACAGCAGCGUCUAUUGGCAGCUGCUGAUCGUAAAAAACGUAUUAUCGCUCGAAUUAUUAGUAUUGUCGGACUUUUGAUUAUUCUUCUUUGUGCUGCAAUCGUUACAUUAACGCUGAAAAUGGCUCCGAAAAUUGAUGAACUCGUACGCACUAAAGCCGGUCCAUAUCAAUUUAUGCAUUUUGGUUCUAGAAUGACUACGCCAACCGUAGCAUCCUCAUCGACAACAGCAUCACUCACUACAACAACAACAGCAGCAGCAACGAUAUCAACAAUUCGUCAAGAUAAUCAUACAAUCAACGGAUCUGUCAUAGAAAAAUCGCUUUUCCGAACUCGACGGAAACCGUUCCUAUAA